CGCAAGGCCAAGCAGCUCCAGCAGGUUUCGCUGUGCUGAACCUUCUUGCCAAAGCAUCAUUUCAUUGCGCAGGUGAACCGAUCCGGAUUCACGGCAAUAAGUUGUACGGUAUUUUUGAUGUGAGGCAUACAUUCAGCAUUCACGAGCGCCAAUACUCAGUCUUGAUUGAAGAUCCUUAAAUGCUGUAGCUAGUGUGGCGGUAGAUGUACUGCCACUUCCAGUUCUUCAGGAACCUUGUUGCUGUUAGCAAGAGCGUACGAUGUGCCGGCUCAUGAUCUCGCAAAGCUGAGUGAUCACUGGAAGAAGAUGCUAAAAAUAGGAUGUUGAGGAUCCGUAUUGAUUUGUGCAAGAAAUGUUGCAAGAGGAUCUUCAUCCCACACCCACACACAUGCUCCGCAGCAAGAGAUUCUAAAUCCCGCUUCUUGAUGAAUCCCAAGUCCGUGUUGAAGAUGAAGUUGAAACGUCCAACUCAGGUGAUGGGUGAUAUGUCUAGGAGAAUUAUCUGUAUGUAAGAUCAUCUUCCCCGUUUUUUAGAGUUGCUUGGAAACUCAAGAAUAAUCCUUUGUACCGACAAAGACAAUAUAGAAAUAGAAUUCAAACUUCUGUGAACUGUUUUUGUCGACGCUCCAUCAACUUCCUCAGAACGGGCCCAACUUGAAACGCGGGAAAUUUUUCAAAUCGACGACGCAAAAUGCCGAAAAAGCUCUUGAGGAAGCGACGGAACGAGAAGAAGGUCACACGAAAAGUGAAGACGAGGAAAAAUGUGAACCCGAAGCGUAUGGCCAACAAACAGCUACGGGAGAACGUCGCCACAGAGGUUUCAAAAUGCUCAAUGCCAUGGAGCUGUCAUCUUGAAAAGGUAUAGUAGGCAUAUUUAGUGAAUAAAAUCAAUAAGCUGAGUCUUAAGUUCUUCUUCACGACCCGCUGAGUUAGUGCAGUGUCCGAAAAUGAGCUUGCAACCUAUAAAUAUUCUUGUUUCAAUCUUCACGUUCACGACUAUCUAUCACACAACCAGAUAAACGCCGACCUGCCAAAGAACCUGGGCGCUGCGUACCCGGAAAGCAUACCAGAGGAGGCAUACCAUAAAGUGAAACUGAACGAGGACCAGAUUCCGAUUGUGGAACGACUCCACAAAAAACACGGCACGAACUACUACAAGAUGUUCAUGGACCACAAGACGAACAUAUACCAGUGGACGCAGCACACGUGCGAAAAGUACGUGAAAGGCUGGUGCUUGGACAAAUCCAUUGAGCAGCGAACACUAAAUGCGGAAAUGAUGAGCGGGAAGGGAAUGGAUUUGAGAAAGCCUGCAGACUGGAAAUGUAGAAAACGAAAUGUGUUUGGGCAUUGAUCAAGAUCAACAUCAAGAUGACAUUUCACAUUGCUACUUUGCGACCUAAUGUCUUCAUUUUGCAGCUACAAUUUACGUGACAACAUGGCAAAAAAGCAAAUCCAGCAGCUGGAUGAUGUUCGUCGACGAUCAUACCAAGGCAAGUUGAUGGCUUGAUGCUUGCUCUCC